AUGGUCCAAGAGGAAUCCCAAACAGGAGUCCCACUGGCACGACGGAUAAAUACCACAAAAAAAGAAACAGCAACAGCAUCAAACACGAUGCUACAACAAGUCUUGACCACCUGUGUCAGCGAAGAAAGUUGUGCCGUGAAAUGCGCCUUUGAUUUUGAUUAUGAGGAUGAUGAAUUCUAUGUCAUUGAUGAGGAUGGUAGCGAGGAUGAAGAUGGUAUUGACAAUGACGGAGCCUAUUGGAAGAUCCCUGGCCAAUCUAUGCCAUACCACCACCACCACCAAGAAGAAGAAGAUCAAGAAGAAGCCGAAGAAGAUAUUGAUUGGAACGACUACGACCAUGACACGCUUACGACUCGAUUCAGUCGUCAAACCUCUGCCACUUUGGAAAGUAUAUUGGGAGCCACCACUUCCUCCAUUUUGUCACCAUCUUCCAAUUUCAUCAUUGAAGACUUGCAUUUGUUGGAACAGCAAAAGCACCAGCGCCAGAAUACCGGCGACAGCGUCAAGAAGCGAUUGGCACUUGUUGGAGUUCAACAGUCGCCAGCCGACUCGAAACAUCAUGUGAAUAAUGCCAAUAAUAACGGAAACGAACCAUUGCCAUUGCACCAAAACCUCAAGUCGACCCGCCGGCCAACUCCCAUUUCACCCAAUUAUAAUACUAUGGCUCCAAACAAGCAUGAUGCCAUUACUCCCAAACAAAGUGGCGCAACGAAAAACACUGUUAGUAUCGGAACCACCAAACGAAGCUCGGCGUGGUCCUCCUUGUCGCCCAAAUUCUUUUCUUCUUCCAGCAGUACACGAUCCCCUCCAGUUUUGCCAUCGAUUAUCGAAGACCACCAUCACCAUGAGAAAAACAAUAAUGAUUGCGAUGGCAAGAGCAAAACGAGUACGCACCCAUCUUGCUCGACUGCCACUGCCAUGGAAUCCUUGACUUCCUCGGAAGUCCAUUACGACGAAUUCAAGGGUGGUUUGGAACUCACACUGUCGGGAUCCAUUGUGGAACUGGACUAUGAGCAAGAUGACGAUGAUGAUGAUGAUGAUGGCGAUCAGCAGAGUGACAUUAUUCGCCUCGAUUCCAUCAUUCCCUUGUCGGAUUCUCCCUUUUCGUGUCCCACCUCUUGCUUCUUUUCUUCCAGCGACGACAACCUAGUAUUUGAACUACAACGCAACAAGCGCAGUCGCAUGUGGAAAAGACUUUGCUCCAAGGUGGCUGCCUGGAAGCGAAUUGCCUUGUUUCACUUGUUUCCACAUCGUCACAGGUACACGAGAUUUGAAAUUUGA